CAAACCACUGAGUGUAGUUCUACCACAGAAACAGAACCUACAAUGGCAGCUCAAAAAACAUUUACAACAGUUAUUACCCACAUGAGCACAUCCACAUUAGAAUCAUCUACACUUGAGAAUGGUUCAACACUGAAAGCUACAUUUUCCACAACAGGUACCUCUCCAUCCUUAUCGUCUACUACAACAGACGGACAAAUUACAUCAGAAUUCACUUCAUCUACAACAGAAAUAUUGUCAUCUAAUGUAGAACGAACAAGUCAUUUAACACAAAUCACUCAGUUUCCUUCUACCAGAGAAUCAGAAUCUACAACGACAGCUCAAACAACAUUUACAAUAGCUAUAUCCCCCACUAGCAUUUCCACAUUAGAAUCAUCUACAAUUGAAAGUGGUACCACAGUGGAAACUACAUUAUACUCAACAGAUGCAUCUCCAUCUUCAAUGUUUUCUACAACAGAAGGACAAACUGCAUCAGAAUUCACUUCAGCAACAACAAAAAUAUCGUCAUCCAAUGCAGAUCAAACAACAAGCCAGGAGACACAAACAACUCAGUUUAGUUCCACCACAGAAACUGAACCUACAACAGCUCAAACAGCAUUUAUUACAGCUGUUACCCCUAUGAGCACGGUCACAUUAGAAUCAUCUACAAUUGAAAGUGGUUCAACAAUUGAAACUAUAAUAUCCACAAGUAGUUUUUUAGCUUCAUCAUCACCAUUGUCUACGACAGAAGGAUAAAACACACUGGAAACUACAUUAUCCACAAUAAGUACAACUCCAUCUUCACUAUUUACUACAACAGAAGGACAAACUGCCCCUAAUCCUCAAACAAUAACUCCAGCUGUUACAGCCCAAACAUUUAGCAUUUCUACAUCAUCCCAGUUAAGCCCUUCUGCUGAAACUAGUACCCAGAAAACCUCAUCAAUAUCAACAGAACCUCAUUCAUCUGCAACAACUCUCAUCUCAGUUUCAACAACUCAAAGCUGUCUGGAGAAUUGUCAGUGUAAUGGGUCUCCAUGCAUCUUCAAUGUAACAUCUGGGAAAUGUCAGUGUCAGUGCAAUCCUUUAACUUUUGGAGAGUAUUGCAAUUUUGCAUAUGACUUAUCCACAGUUCUUUGGUCUGAAAGCACACCCACAAGGAAUGCCAACAUCUCUCUCAGAAUUAUGAUGGACUAUCUUACGGAGUAUGAAAAUAUGAACUCUCUAGAAUCAAAAAAACUAAUUUUCACCUUGAAACGUGAGCUUUCAAUCCUUUGUAAAAGAGCAGAUGCACAAAAUUUCAAAGAUGUGCACAUACGUAGGCUAAUGUAAGGAAGUGUCAUUGCUGAAAGUACUGCAGUAUAUAACUAUCCCAACAACAACUCACAAAUAAUGUCUCUAAAUAACGAUUUGGGACCCACCCUGGAAAAAAUCUUUAAUGACGCAGAUUCAUUUCAAAAUCUCAGCAUAGCUCUUGGUAAUGUUUCCAUCCAAGUUGACCAAAUGACCAUGGAGCCAGUUAAAAUAUCAAAUAUUUCAGAUCUGCAGCCAUUUGUGCAAUGCACACUGAAUUUUGCAAACUUAACAGAGGAGAUCAAAGAUGGAGCAUGGGUAUGUGUGGGAUCAUGCAAAAAAAUUCCCAAAUUCUGCAAUCAACGAGGUGUAUGCCUUAAUGAAAUAAAUGGACCACAGUGCAUGUGUUACAGUUCUCCCUUUGAGAAGUACUAUGGAGAUCAUUGUGAGCUUUACAGCAGAGGGGCCGGUUUCUACGCUGUUCUCUUUGGCUGUUUGGCAGCUUUUGCUCUACUUAUCAUUGUCUUUGGUGUGAUGAUUCUGGUGCUCUACAGAGCCAAGAGCAGAGCAUCAAGCAAAAGGAGAUUAUCACUUUUUGACGAUGACUUCUUUGAUUUUACAUCAAGAGGAUCCAUAGACAGUGGUUAUGGGAUUCAAAAUUUGUCAGUCACAGAAGAUUCAGCAUUCAGCAGAUUCAGCUCAUACCAUGAAAAUACACCUGUGCGAUAAAGACCAGAGCAGCUGAGUUGGUGGAUGUCUGAUGAGCAGAAAUGACAGAUAUUAUUUAAAAUA